AUGAUAACAAGGCAUCCCAUCAAGGCCCACCACUUCUCUCGCAGGUCUGCUUCGGCUGCCCCUGUUGCAAGAUUUGAUCCUACGAUGCCCACUCAACCGAUUCCCUCUCUCCUUGAUUCAAGUCCAGAUGCAAGAUCGUGGAGAUCACAGCCAGUGUCUUGUUCGCAUAUGGCGCAAAAUGGAAGCCAGGAUAUUUCGGAGGAAGAGGAGGAGUUCGAUGACAGCCCGGAUAGGUCUCGCAGUUGUAUUUUCUAUAGGCAUAGCCCCAGUGACCAGGGCACGCCGCAAAGCCAUACGAGCGAGUUGUUUAGGGAAUCCGCCUCGCGUUUGCAGAACAUGAGCGACCCAAUAAGCGGACCAGAUCCUCGCCUGUUCGGUCCCAUACAGUAUAAUCCCCUAAGUUACUCCGAGGGUUAUGCUUCGCAGUAUUAUUCACCUUCAGCAUACGGCUAUUAUUCAGGGUAUCCAGCAUACCAGUAUCCAACAUUUGCACCAUAUUCUGCAUAUUCGGUUACUCCCACAGCUACCUCGGCAAAUUCGUCAGCUACGGUCAAGCCUGGGUCCUUCAGUCAAAGCUAUCCCAUUGAGGGUGGCUAUAUGCCGGAGUCAACCUUCCCUGCCUACGAUGGGGCUUACGGACGUCCAUACUCUGUGGCACCUUAUCGGAAUUUUCAACUAUAUCCACUUUAUCAAAAUCUACAUUUGGCAACGCAAACUGAGGGACAUGUUGAACAUAUGCCCGCUCAAAUAGGCGCCGCUCACGAUGAUACAAAGAAGAAGCAUGCUGGUCCUUCGCGAAAGUCAAAAACCUCUGCUAAGACGGACGAAGAAAAGAGGCGAGAUAUGAAGGAGGCAGUACUGAAGAAAGUUGAAGAUGAAGCUCGUGUCGAGCCAAGUGCCCAUCAAAGCACAAUUAGUUCAGAAGAGCGGUUGACGCCCCCCGAGUACUCACGAAAGUCAAUACCUUCUUCUAGGCAAAGAACGGAGGAAGAAGAGAUCCGAGAACUUAGGGAUGCAUUUCGAAGACGAAAAGAAGACUAUGACGCUUUCCCAACAUGGAUAAAACAGCAAGAAGCGAUUACAGAUAACGGCAAACGGAAAGAGGGCCUCGAAGCCUUUGUUGACGUUGUUCUUGAGAAGUCUGAGCUAAGUGGUAAACGGGCUGCUUCCCAAGGGCCACCGAGCGAGCCAAGCGAGGCUCGAGAGAAGGAACCAGACGACAUUUUGAGCCCACAGACGCCUGAAAAACGCAUGCGGAAUGGUCAGUUGUCAAUCAUAGGCAGCUCUAAAGUCGAUUCCACCAAUCCUGUGGAUACUAGGCACAAACCGAAGAGCAUGUCCACAGCCGCCGGAAGAGCUCUGAAACCUCCCCCAGGACUUCCAUACCCGCCUUCAAAUGCGCUUUUACCUGAGCUCUUGUCGUCUGGAAGACCCGUUAUGGCUGUUCAAGCGAGGCUGGAAGAGGCAAACAAUUGGUUUCACAGAGAGGACUCGCGCAAGGGAAAACCACUUCAAAUGAAAAUUGAGGGAGUCGCUCGUGAUUACAGUUUCUCAAAAGAUUCUGAGCAGGACUGCAUUAUGGCGAAGCAAGCAACACUACUAUUGGGGGGUGUCAUUGCGAACCUUUUCGAUUAUCUUCAUGAGCGCGACAUGGGACUAUCGGAUCCUGAUCCCUUUACAAAAUUCCGAUAUGUCAAUUCUCGCUAUUGCGACAAAGCCAAUACCGGACGCCGCAGCUACUUUGAGAUUGACCCUCUUAUCAACCGGCGUGCAGUCCAGCCGCGUCGUGCAGAAAAACCGGAGAAGAAGUUUAUUUUGAUACGGCACCGCAGGCCUGAACUGUAG